GAUGUCAAGACGUUUCUGUACGCUAUCAACAACUUUUCGUUCUAAUAUGGGAGGUACAUCUAGUCGUUCAUUCAACAAUCAAGGAGUCAGAGAGCGUGUGAACAAGCUACGCUCUCAGCACAAAGUGCUUGUAUUUUCUACAACCACAUGUCCCUAUUGCAGGAAAGCUAGACAAGCUUUGGAAGAGGUUGGAGCUAAUGCUCACGUCGUUGAAUUGGACCAGGACAAAGAUGGUCCUGCGAUUCGAGAUAUAAUGCAGAAGAUGACCGGAGCCAAGACGGUGCCGAGAGUCUUCAUCAACGGCAGAUUUGUGGGAGGAGGAGAUGAAACUCUAGCGUUGAAGAAUUCAGGAGAAUUGAGCAAACUCUUGCAAGAAGAGAGGACGUAGAUUGUCUGGUACAUUUACUUCGGCUAAUGUCUGCAUAACUGUAAACUGCAUCGUAACCUGAUCUCCUAGCAAGCAUAUAAUAAUUGCAAAAGAAAUCUGGAUAAUUUAUCUACAGUUUCCAGACAUUAUGUUGAUUGAAUUUGCAGCGAUUCCGAGAAAAUGAUUAAAAAGAUAUAUUUUUAUUGAUCACCAGACAGUGCAGCUGCAUU